AAAAAUGGUGAUGGCGGUGAGCAUCGUCACUUUUGGCACUGUUGACUCUACCUCCUUCGUCUUCCCCCUUUCCCCUCUCUGUUUCCAAUUUCUAACCUCUCUCUCUCUCUCUCUCUUCCAUCUCCGAUCUCAUCCUAUCCCCUUCUCCUUUCUAUUCAGAUCCCCUCUCCCUCGAAAAACCUCAAUUCCCCCAUUCCAACAAUCCUAUGGAUCUUGCCCCAGAAGAGCUUCAAUUCUUAACCAUUCCCCACAUUCUCAGAGAAUCCAUCCUCAUCCCUAAACGCUCCCCCAAAACCUUCUAUCUCAUCACUCUUACCCUCAUCUUUCCCCUUUCUUUCGCCAUUUUAGCCCACUCCCUCUUCACCCACCCCCUUCUCGUCCAGCUCCAAAACCCCUUUGCCGAUCCCAUUCAAACCCGCCACAGAUGGACCAAGCUCCUCUCUUUUCAAUUCUGUUACCUCAUCUUCCUCUUCGCUUUCUCCCUUCUCUCCACCGCCGCCGUCGUUUUCACCGUUGCCUCCCUCUACACUUCCAAACCCGUCUCUUAUUCCUCCACUCUCUCCGCCAUUCCCAAAGUCUUCAAACGCCUCUUCGUCACUUUCCUCUGGGUUUCUCUUCUCAUGAUUAUCUAUAACUUCAUCUUUCUUGCCUUCUUGGUACUCCUUGUUCUUGCCAUCGAUACCCAGAAUUACUUCUUGUUCUUCUUCUCUGUUAUUGUCAUCUUCAUCCUGUUUCUAGUUGUUCAUGUUUACAUCACCGCCUUAUGGCAUUUGGCUAGCGUUGUGUCGGUGCUUGAGCCGAUUUAUGGAUUUUCGGCCAUGAGAAAGAGCUACGAAUUGCUUAAAGGUAAAACCCGAUUUGCGGGUGUACUUGUAUUUGCUUAUUUAGCCAUUUGUGCUACAAUUAGUGUCAUAUUUGGAGCUGUCGUCGUGCACGGUGGGGAUGGAUAUGGGGUUUUUGUGAGGAUUGUUGUUGGUGGCUUCUUGGUUGGCGUUUUGGUGAUUGUGAAUUUGGUGGGAUUGCUUGUUCAGAGUGUGUUUUAUUAUGUCUGCAAGAGCUUCCAUCAUCAAGGAAUUGAUAAGCUGGCCUUACAUGAUCAUUUGGGUGGAUAUCUUGGUGAGUAUGUACCUCUCAAAAGUAGUAUUCAGAUGGAUAGUUUAGAUGCAUGAGGUAGAGAAAAGAGAAAACACACAAUUUGUUAUCUAAUGUUGUUGUAAAAAGAUAGUAUUUAAUCCUUUUCUCAAGUGAAUUUGUGGAAGCUUUGUUCUCAUUUUUAUACCUACUACCACUUGCAAUUGAUCCUUAAUAAUUUCUAAGGAUCAGUCAAGUCCUUGUCUUUGAAUUGGUGGUGGGAUUAUACUGUAUUGUGCCAUGGAUUAUUUAUAUGUUGAUGGGAAAGUUCUGAUAUUGUUUUUAUAUGUUCAUUA